GUCAAGUUGUACCGUGACGGUGGGUGCUUGGCUUGCACAGCCACAUAAUCUGUCAACGGCAACUCUGCUUUUUCUGGUUUUCAACUUUCUCCGUCUUCAGAGACAUGUCUAUAUUCUUUUCAAAGAACUGUUACUGAUGGCAUAGAAAAUAAAAACAAAUGAACCGACUCCUCGAUAAACCACCCUUAGCAACAUCGAAAAGUUCGCACUCUUGUAGCGGACUUUCAGACUCAUUCGUCGUUAUAACUCGCAUUACACCUCAUUAUGGUCGAAAUGUCCUCAUAUUUCUCCUAUACUUCAUUUCUCACUACUACCUCGGAUGCCUUCCCAUACUCUCAACCUCCACUGACGGAGUUGCUGAUCCUGUUAUCCUUCAUCUACCUCCUCAAUCUUGUCAGAGUAGGGGCAGAUUACUUCCUCCAUGCCGGAAUCGUGGCCAUGAUAUGUCUUGGAAUGAUAUAUGGCGCACCGUUAGCGGGGAUUUUGCCCCAGGUUUGGGAGGGUACGUUCACCGCGCUGGGAUAUCUAGGCUUGAUAGGGAUCGUUUUCGAAGGAGGCCUAUCGACAAACCUUCCUCUACUUCUGUCGAACCUUCCGCUUUCCUUGUUGUGUGCAGUUGUGGGUAUCACAAUACCGGUUGCAUUGUCCUUUGCACUUCUCACUGCGGGUUAUGGCUAUUCGCCUCUGGAAGCAUUUGCUGCAGGUGCUGCACUCUCAUCUACCAGCCUGGGUACAACCUUAGUGGCAUUGAGAAACGUCAGCCAAACAUCAGCGAACUCGCUGGUCCCACCCACUCAGCUAAUUUCAUCCGAAGGACCCAAUGACGGCGUGCUUUUACCUCCUACAAGUGUCGUGGCAAGGAAUAAGGACUCUUCCGCCGUCUCUGUUAGCUCUGCCGGCGCCGCAAUGAAUGUACCUCUUCAGCAAACAAGAAUUGGCACCAUUUUGAUCAGUGCUGCAGUGAUUGACGACGUCAUUGGUCUUGUGCUAGCUGCAAUGAUACCUGAAUUAUCCGCUUUAAAUAAUGGCGACUCUCAUUCAAACCUCAUCUGGACGAUCAUACAUCCUCUAGUCUUCUCCUUCCUUAUCACAGUCGUCACACCACUGGUAGCACGAUACCUUCUUCGACCCAUCUUCUGGUUCAGAGGAUUUGGAGAACAAUGGUGCGCUCCCGUGUGUCCUGGAAAACGUUGGGGCGCAAGGAUAUUCUUUGGAAUUAGCUCCGAGAACCCCAGGAGCAGCGGGUGGGGAACAGAAGCUCAUGCUGACGCUGCCAAGCUGUUCCUCAUGGUAGGAUUUGUCUCUGCCUUCUCCGCCAUCGCUCACUAUACGGGUAGCAGCGUGCUAUUCGGUGCUUACCUCGCUGGGUGUGUUCUGCGCUAUAUCUCUCGUCCUUCGGAUAUCAAGAUAGAAGACUUAUCACCACAAGGAUCUGACAACAUCGAGGUCAUUGUAAAGCGCAGACUCAAACAACUAUCCUUUGAAGAGACGUUCAUACGGAUAGUAGGUCCCAUUCAACAGUAUGUCUUCGCACCACUCUUCUUCGCGAGCAUUGGCUAUGCAAUACCAUUCAUCUCACUCUGGCGACCGAAAGUCUUUUGGAGAGGCAUGUUGUAUUCCCUUCUCAUGGCUGUCGGUAAACUCGCUGUCGGUUUACCUAUCCUUGCAUCGACUAUAUGGCCGCCAGAUCCUAAUAUCACUCAGCCUGGCGAGAACUCUGGCGGCUUUUGGGCGUCGCACGUUCAUAGGACUCUAGCCUGUUUCAGUCGAGAACGGACUGUUCACCCUACCCCACAUAACCGACACGAGGAUAUAGAGCUUCCCCGUCUGACUUCGACUAGGCCGCUACCUACCUCGCCUUCGCCAGUAUCUUUGACGGUUUCCAACGACGGAGUGUCUCAGCAAACUCUAUCACCGGCACUUCCCGUCCAUCUACGCCCACCUUUCGUUACCCGACUCAAGUUAUCCCUUGCACCUGCGUUCUUCAUAGGCUCUGCUAUGAUAGCUCGAGGAGAAAUCGGAUUGCUUAUAGCUCAGAUAGCUCGGAAUGGAAGCAAGGCAGGUUCUAACGCGGGAGGAGCUUUACUCGGCGAAGAGGCGUUCCUGGUCUGCAUUUGGGCGAUCUUAUUGUGCACUCUAGUUGGGCCGAUUGGCGUCGGCUUUGUCGUGAGAUGGUGGGGACCUUUUGUGAGUAGAGGGAUUUGGCAUUAAGACAUGAUGUAUCGCCUGUCAUGCCGCUCUUAGAUGUAAGAUGGCGGGAAGGGUCAUUUGCUAGUGAGAGAGUCGCGCCGCGAUGAGUCGCUUGACAUAGACGGUCCGAGCACCGCCUAAGGGGAAACCUAUUUCGCGGCAGAGUGAAAGGCGUUAUUUUUUUGCAAGCAAUUGCGGACAUGUUGUAAUUAUUUCGAUAGAAAUGGAGGGAAACCGUUCAACAUUUUGGAGCAGUUGGGAGGAUUGUUUGCACAUGUUAGGAUAUAAAGCAGUAGCCAUAUC